AUGGACGAAGGCUUUGAUGCGCAUGUGACGACCGUCGCGCUUGAAGAGAUCCCGGCGUACGAGGAAAACGAGGUGGCACUUCUGAGCGACGAUGAUGCACUUCGCUACGAUAGCGUUACCGAGGUUACAAAGCUACUCCGCUCGUCCUACCUGAGUGGAAUGCUACGUCGUUUGAGCGACUACGAGCAGACAACGGGCCGCGGCAAGAACUGCAUUCCAUCUGACGAUCCCGAGUACCAGUACGUGUCCGACUGCAGCUCGCUGGUGCUGCGCAUCGAGGUAGAGAAGAGCCGUGUGCACGUCUUUUUGCGUGCGCAGUACAGCAUACGCUUCCCGGAGCUGGCCAUGUUCUUCUCUGACAGCGUUCUCUACGCCAAAGUGGUCAAGAUAAUCCAAAACAGCGUCGACCUCAGCUCCGUCGUUGGGCAAUUAGACGAGUUCAUCCCGUCCCAGCUGCUGGUGGUCGUGGUGGCAUGUGCCUCCACGACGUCUGGUCGCGAUUUGUCUCCGGAGGAGUUGAGCCGUGUGCUGGAAGCGUGCGAGGAGCUUGAAAACCUCGAAAUGGCUAAGCAAACGUUCCUCGAAUACAUCCAGUGCUCGAUGCCGCUCAUCUGCCCCAACCUGUGCGCCUUCCUCGGCACCGGUAUCACGUCGCAGCUCUUUGCCAUCUCGGGUAGCGUAGCCAAGCUGUCGAUCAUGGACCCCGCCGAUUUGGCGAGGCUCGGAAGUCGACGCUCAAACGACAGCGGUAUCACAAUAAAAACAACUGGAUUCCUUAGUAACUGCGACCUGAUAGCAAACCUGCCACCCCAGCUUCGACCUAAAGCACUACGUUUGGUUUCAAGUGUUACACUGACGCUUGCGCGCAUUGACGCGAACCGGCGUGCCCCAACCAACUACGAAGGUGUUCGGGAGCGUCGACUGGCAUGUAACCGUAUGCGUACUUGGCUGGACCCACCGGUGCUCCGCGGCGCCGGACACAACAUGUACGAGCGUCGCGGUCGAAAGCGUCGACGCGCGAGCUAA